GCCACACAACAUACACAUAGUGAAGAGGAUAACAGAUUAUGCAACCCCACGUAUUCUCAUCACCACCAUCCAUUCUGAUUUCUCUUACACACUCUUCAAUUCCACUCUUUUUCUGCUUCUCAUUCUCAAUCCAACUCAACCAUUAUUGAUUUAUUUCCUUUCAAUCAUAAACACAAUCCUUUGCAUCCACUACUUCUUCAGAAUCAGAGUCAAAAAAUGUCGCUCUGUUAUUCUUCUUCCACUUUCAUCACACACCCCUCACUCAAACACCAAACCCUCUCCUUCAAUUUCUCUUCACACCCCCCUUCUCACUUCAUCAACCUAUUCAAGGUAAAAUCAAACAGACCCAUUAAGUAUACCAAACAAAAAUUGAAACUUUAUGCAUCUCUUUCACAAUCUGAACAAAUUGAAACAACCCCAACAACAUUUAGAAUCAAGAAUCCUAAAGAUGUUAAUGUAUUGGUAGUAGGUUCAACUGGGUAUAUAGGAAAAUUUGUAGUGAAAGAGUUGAUUCAAAGAGGGUUUAAUGUUACUGCAAUAGCUAGAGAAAAGAGUGGAAUAAAGGGUAGCAUUGAUAAAGAAACAACAUUGAAUGAGUUAAGAGGUGCUAAUGUGUGUUUCUCUGAUGUGACAAAUUUGGAUGUUUUUGAUGAGGAUUUGAAGAACUUAGGUGUUGGUUUUGAUGUUGUUGUGUCAUGUCUUGCUAGUAGAAAUGGAGGGGUUAAGGAUUCAUGGAAGAUUGAUUAUGAAGCUACUAAGAAUAGUCUUUUAGCUGGUAGGAAGCUUGGUGCUUCUCAUUUUGUAUUGCUUUCGGCGAUUUGUGUUCAGAAGCCUCUUCUCGAGUUUCAGCGUGCGAAGCUGAAGCUCGAGGAUGAGUUGGUAAAGGAAGCGGAGAAAGAUGAUAGGUUUAGUUAUAGUAUAGUGAGGCCGACCGCGUUUUUUAAAAGUUUAGGUGGUCAGGUUGAUUUGGUGAAAGAUGGGAAGCCUUAUGUGAUGUUUGGUGAUGGAAAGUUGUGUGCUUGUAAACCUAUAAGUGAACAAGAUUUGGCUUCUUUUAUUGUUGAUUGUGUGAUGAGUGAGGAUAAAAUUAACAAGAUUUUACCUAUUGGAGGACCAGGGAAGGCAUUGACUCCAUUGGAACAAGGGGAAAUUUUGUUUAAGCUUUUAAGGAAGGAGCCUAAGUUCUUGAAAGUUCCAAUAGGGAUUAUGGAUUUUGCUAUUGGUGUUCUUGACAAUUUGGUUAAGGUAUUUCCUUCAUUGGAAGAUGCUGCUGAGUUUGGAAAAAUUGGAAGGUACUAUGCGGCCGAAAGUAUGUUGAUUUUGGAUCCUGAUACCGGCGAGUACAGCGAUGAGAAGACGCCGAGCUAUGGCAAUGAUACAUUGGAAGAUUUUUUUGCUAGGGUGCUCAGGGAAGGGAUGGCUGGUCAAGAGCUAGGCGAGCAAACAAUAUUUUAAGAUGGUUUUAUGGUUAAAUAAGUGUGAACUCACUAGAUCAAAUAGUUGCCAAUUUUGUUUCUGUAUAAAUGCGUGUAUGCAGCUAUAGUCACUUUUACAUUUACAAUUACAUAGAGUAGCUCCACGAUUCACCUAUUAAUAAAUUUCUUAUUGCUAUUGGCAAUUAAGUUUGUUGUCCUAAAACUUAAUUGGACAGGGUCGAUCAAUCUGCUUGAGAGAGACCCGCCCUUGGGACAGACCCAAACGUUUGUUGCGGGGUUGAAUUCCCUUGCAGUACGGUUCAUGAGUAAUGUUGUAAUCUUGACCGUCGUAUUUAAAUACAAGACGUACAUUGUAAA